CAGGAGCCGGGCCUCGCUCCCCGCCCGGUGACACAAAGCGAAUCCAAGAUGGCGGAUGCGGGCGCGGGGAGCCUGCACGGGGGGGACGCGGCGCCGCUGUGCCCUCCCGAGGAGCAGGAGCUGAGUCAGCGCCUCCGCCGCCUCUACCCCGCCGUCAACCAGGAGGAGACGCCGCUGCCGCGGUCCUGGAGCCCCAAGGACAAGUACAACUACAUCGGCCUCUCGCAGGGCAACCUCCGCGUCCACUACAAAGGUCACGGUAAGAAUCACAAAGAUGCUGCCUCGGUCAGGGCUACACACCCUAUACCUGCAGCCUGUGGCAUUUAUUACUUUGAAGUGAAGAUCGUCAGUAAAGGUAGAGAUGGGUACAUGGGAAUAGGACUUUCUGCUCAAGGGGUCAACAUGAACAGGCUUCCUGGAUGGGAUAAACACUCUUAUGGGUACCACGGUGACGAUGGGCACUCCUUCUGUUCUUCGGGGACAGGACAGCCCUAUGGCCCUACAUUCACCACUGGAGAUGUGAUCGGCUGCUGUGUCAACCUUAUCAACAAUACCUGCUUCUACACAAAAAAUGGCCACAGUUUAGGUAUAGCCUUUACAGACCUCCCUUCAAAUCUCUACCCUACAGUGGGUCUCCAGACUCCAGGAGAGAUAGUCGAUGCCAACUUUGGGCAGCAGCCAUUUGUGUUCGACAUUGAGGACUACAUGAGGGAGUGGCGAGCGAAGAUUCAGAGCACCAUUAAGCGGUUUCCUAUAGGAGACAGACUAGGCGAGUGGCAAGCCAUGCUGCAGAAUAUGGUUUCAUCGUAUUUGGUUCAUCAUGGGUACUGUUCAACAGCAACUGCCUUUGCCAGAGUCACAGACACCACAAUCCAGGAAGAACAGACCUCAAUAAAGAAUAGACAAAGAAUACAGAAGCUAGUAUUAGCAGGCAGAGUGGGAGAGGCUAUAGAAGCCACCCAGCAGCUCUAUCCUGGCCUUCUAGAUCAUAACCCCAACCUGCUCUUCAUGUUAAAGUGUCGCCAGUUUGUGGAGAUGGUGAAUGGGACAGACAGUGAAGUACGUUGUUUCAGUGCCCGCAGCCCCAGAUCCCAGGACAGUUACCCCGGGUCCCCCAGCUUAAGUCCUAGACAUGGAUCAAGCAACUCACACGUUCAUAGUACCGGAGCAGAUAGUCCAACCUGUAGCAACGGAGUCAUGUCCACAAAAAGCAAACAGAGUCACAGUAAAUACCCAACACUGAGUUCAUCAUCUUCCUCUUCCUCCUCCUCCUCCCCCUCAUCUGUGAACUACUCUGAGUCCAAUUCUACAGAUUCUACCAAAUCUCAGCAGCACAGUAGUACGAGUAACCAAGAAACCAGUGACAGCGAGAUGGAAAUGGAGGCUGAGCAUUACCCCAAUGGAGUCCUGGAAAAUUCAUCCACCAGGAUAAUGAAUGGCACCUACAAACAUGAAGAGAUCUUGCAGACGGAUGAAUCCAGCAUGGAAGACAGCUGCCCCCAGAGGCAGCUCUGUGGAGGGAACCAUGCUGCCACGGAGCGAAUGAUCCAGUUUGGACGGGAGCUGCAGAUGCUGAGCGAGCAGCUUUGCAGAGAAUAUGGGAAGAACACAAUGCACAAAAAGAUGCUUCAGGAUGCAUUUAGCUUGUUAGCUUACUCAGACCCUUGGAACUGCCCUGUUGGUCAACAGCUGGACCCGAUCCAGAGGGAACCUGUGUGUGCUGCUCUUAACAGUGCUAUAUUGGGAGACACAACGCAGGAACAGGUCAUGGAUGGGCUUAGCUGGUUUGCCUGAGCCAUCAAAGGCAAGUGACUAACGAGUCCCCUCCAGACCAGCCUCCCCAGCCAUCCUGGCCGUGCCAAGGGUGCUGGCUUGGGCAGUGAAGCACUCGGGAUGGGGUGGGAUGUGAUGGGACAUGAUGGGAUGGGAUGCUGACAGGCAGAAAAAGCCACACUAGACCAAACUAGGAGGGACUCCAGAGCAGGGGGUGGAAGAAAUGCUUCUGGUGGGUUCAGGAGACUGCAGAAGGGGAAGAGACGGAGCGAUGGCAGUGGGGCAUCUGAGAGAGCCUGGGUCUGACUGAGCCCAAGCAUUGCUUCUGCCUUCCACAUUGGCGAUGGGACCUAAAUGAGAGGAUCAGAGGGAUGGAGGCUUGUGGUCAUCAGUGCACAGGUUGGUCAUUUCUUCAGGGAGAUGGGACAAACCCUAUCACAACCCCAAAAGAGCCGUCCCAGAUCCCAGAAAGGACCCCGAGGGCAGGAGGGGCAGGUGGCACAGACCCCAACAGCAGCACCCUGUGGACAUCAGCCCAGCUUCCAUGUGGAGACCUGCUCCCCAGGAAGGCGAGAUGCAGCUGUGGUCUGUAUGUGAGGAGGGGGUGAGGACCCAGUGGGAACCCGCGUGGGAUAACGGUGAGUGGGAGCACGGGAGGGACCUGGCCGUGGCGUGGGGGUGAGGCAGGCCAGGGCUUCCAGAGGAGAAGAAAGGUAGAAACAGACUCCCUUGAAAAUUACCUCAUGUUUUCAAGACUUCUCUGGAAGAAGAAAGGGGAAGGGAGCAAACCAAAUGUGCUGACACCUCUGGUUUGGAAGACAUAGUCUGGAGGAUACUGAGUCUGGUGGGCUGGCACGGUGGCAGGGUGGCCAUGCAGAGCGCUGGGCAUGGCACCACUGGUUUCUCAUGCCGCUUUCCCAGGAAAGGGCUUUGCAAAAGGCCGACACGCAGCCCCUGAGCCGCUCCCGCAGCCUCCGCACCCCCAGGCUCCCCCACCUUCCCUUUCACAGCUCCCACCGUGUCCCCCAUGCACGGACCCGCCGUGUCCCCCAUGCACGGACCCUCUGGCCCAACAAGCCGCCAGGGUCACGCCACCUCCUAGGCGUCGGGUGAAAGUGAAGGGCCGUAAUGAAGGGACAACUGAGCUAAUGGCUUUUUCCAGCCAACAUCUCAUACAGCAAACCUCAUGUGCCGAGCUCUGAGCUGCCUUUGCAGGCUUGUCUGAGGCAUAUGCAUUGUUGCUGACUCCUGUCCCCCAGCUAAUUAAUCCUGACCCCGGUCCUAUCAGAAGCAUUCGUAGAUGCCUCCACUAUCUGCUCUUCAUAAAGCAAACCAGUGCCUGUGGGGUGUGUGAAGGGCUGAUGAGGCCCCGUGGGAGUCUCUGUGGGACUGGGCUUUCCUCUGUGUCCCUGUCCCAGCAGUGGACCUGCGGGCUUGGCUUUAGACUUCUCCAAGCCCUUCCCAACUGCUGUGCCAGGGUGCUCCUGGGGACCUCCCGGGCCACCCACGCCAGUGGCACGGCCUCUUCUCCAGGUGCGGAGCUGCAGGUUCUCCCCCCGAUUUGCCUGGCUGGGCAAAUGCAAAAGCCAGCAGCCAUCCGUGUCCGUGUAGAGAAGAGGAAGGAUGGGCUGUGUGCAGGAUUUUUUGAUGUCCAGACCAGCUGCGACCUCACUAUAAUUUGUAAUUGGCUACAAAUUUUUUGACUGAGGAAAAACCCUACUUUAUAAAUUACAAUGGGUAGGCAUGGACAAAAAUACCCCGAUGUAGUGAUGGGAAAUAUCCUCUGACUUAUACAGUGUUUUGGGUUUUGAGUAGGUAAUCAUAAAAAAUAGUAGUUUAACAGGGUAUGUGAAUCCUCUGCACAUGAUAAAUGGCAAAGAAAAUGGAAGAGCACGGGGAAUCCUGGUCCUUGACACUGACUCCACCAAAGCCCUCUCUGGAGGAAGCCCUUCUCACCACCAGCCACAUCCAAAAAGGCAAAGGUAAAACAGUAACUGACUCAUAAAUUCACCAAAGCCUUCUUGCCAUGGCUAGGAUAACAGAAUUAGAAAAGGAGACAGUGAAUGUGUCGAGGGAAAUAGCAUUACAAAUGCCAUGGUAGAUAGCAGAAAGACCUCACAAAGAGAGGUCAAAUCUAGAUCUCAAACGGUGAUACAAACCCAAUCACCAACGGGGUGAUCUAUCAGAGGCCAAAGGAGGGGUUUGCCCUCUCAUUAACACCAGUUGUAUCUGUGUAGAACAAGAUAAAAGAAUGGAAACAGCUGUAAUGACAAUCCAAAGCCACCUAAAGGUGUUCCAUAAAAUGAAAAAAAACCCCAGCCUUUUGGCAGGUGGGGUUGGACACCAGACCCUGACGGAAGGUUUGGAAAUCUACUUAGAACGUUGGGCAAAUCUAUAUGUGUAGGGCUGGUGGCUGUAAUAGUGACCUACGUGUCUGUUAAAUUAAUUGUCGGUUGUGCUGAGAUUGUGUCUGAGCAGCGGGCAAUUACCGAGCAAGGGAGAGAGCUGGUGCCAAUGCAAAUGCAUGGGAGAAAGAAAUCGAAGUAGAAGAAACCCAGCUCUUUAAUAUAAAAGUAUAAAGACUGCCCUGGGGUCCCAGGUGUCCCUGCUGUGUCCAUUCCCAGGUUCCAUGGACCCUUCUUGGGGUGGAUCAGAGGUGGGAUGCUUGUGGGGCCAGUCAUUCCCUGUGGGUCGUGGAGCCAGAGGUCUCAUGGGCACCAAGAGGCAGGUGGCGAUAUCUGGGGUGCACCAGGAGGGGCUUCAGUUUGAGGGAGCCUGUGAAAUUGUUGCCUUGGCUCUUCAGGACCCUUCAGACCGUGGAGACACCCGUUCGCUUGGUCCGGGUGCCCUCUCCUGACGGCUGUGGCAGGAGUCUGCCCCAACCUCCCAACAGGACCCACAGUCAUUGUCCCAGCCAGGUGCCCUUCUCCAGUCCCAGGUCUGGACCCUCUGCUGGAGGUUUCUGAUGCACAUGAAGGUAUCACAGCACUGGUGGUGGCCUUGCAGCCCUGGUCCCAUCCCUGUCCCUAGGAGACAGCAGGCAGCUCCAAAGGAUGGCCCAAGCCCUUGUCCCCGGCCCUACUGUGUCGGAUGCCUGUUCAGGAGCAUCGGCUGCCUCUUCUUGCUCGGCCCCAGCUUCCUCCUGCUCCUGGUGGCCUGGGCUGCCCUGCACUGCUGGCACAGCACCUCCACGCACAUGCCAGUGGUAGAGGGGAUGCUCUGGGCCAGCCAUUCCCAGGGAGCCUGGCAGGGCAAGGUCCUGUGGGGACCAGCUCCUGCUCAACAGGACAGCCCCUGGCACCACGGGACAGGAGCCGGUGGGACCCACAGGUGCCAUGGGAUGGGGCAAGAGGCCUCUCGAUGGGCUCGGCCAGGGCCAAGGUGACAGCAAUGCUGGUUCUGUGCUGGCAGGUGUCUGCCAGGAGCUGGUGCUGGGGAAGGUGGAUGAAGGACCAGGAUGGAGGUGAUACCCUGCUCAGCCCUGGCACCAGUCCCUCCAGGUGAUGGGAUGCUGCUCCUCACUCCGUUCCAGGCUCCCCGUGCUAUCCCUGGGAUGCGGGCUGGACCUCCCGAGCCAGCCCCAGCCCCAGCCCCGAGGUCCGGGCUGCAUCCCUGCCACAGCCGUCAGGAGAGGGCACCCGGACCAAGCGAAUGGGUGUCUCCACGGUCUGAAGGCUUCUGAAGAGCCAAGGCAACAGUUUCACAGGCUCCCUCAAGCUGAAGCCCCUCCUGGUGCACCCCAGAGAUCUCCACCUGCCUCUGGCUCCCCGACCCACAGUGUGUCAGGGUCACCCGUCAGCUCAGGGGGGGCUUUGCCUCUAUUGUGAAAGCAUCCCUGGAGGUGCUGCAGCCACAAUCCUGCUCCCCAGGAGCUGGGCGUGCUGGCGGGGUGGCUGUUGCUUGGGGACCGGGCGGGCAUCAUCUGGCUGGUGGCGACUGAUGGCUUUUGCAUCACUUAGUGAGAUUUUUUGGUGUUUUUUUUCUCCACACCCCACAACCCACCCACCCCCCUUAAACUGACUCAGGGAAAGGAGUAGGUGGAGGGACGUUCGGCUUUAUAGCACUUGUCUUCCCAAGUCAUGGAUGUGUGUGAUGGAGCUCUGCUCUGCGGGCAAUGGCUGAACUCCUGCCUGCCAGCGGGACAGAGUGAAUGAAUCCUGUAUUUUCCUUUGCCUGGGUGCGCAGCUUUUGCUAUACCCAUUAAACUGUCUUUAUCUCAACCCAUGACUUUUCUCACUUUCGCCCUUCUAAUUGUCCUCCCCAUUCCAAAACCAUGGCAGGCAUCACUGGUGAGUCCCCCAUGGCCUCUGGCACGGAGGGGAGUUCCACGGCUGUAUGCGGGUGAAUCCCUGCUCUGCUUCAGCAUCCCAUGUCGGUUCUACCUGCCCAGGGAGCUCUGCAGAGAAACCCUUCCUCAGCCGCACAGCUCAGAUGAUGGAUACGCCAGUGCCCUGGGGCAGCCAAGCAGUGUCCAUGGGGGCAAAGCAAGGGACAGGCUGAAAGCUCUAAGCCCAAAUCCAAUGGCAGUUUUGCACCUAAAAGCCUUCAGCCCCUUUUGGAUCCCCUUGAAGUGAGCACCCAAACACGCAGAGCAUCUGUGCAGUGCCCUCCUGUCCCCCUCCCUGCCUGCCCCAGUUUGACCCACGAGGUUUCAGGAGCCAGUGGGAAGAGCCCCCAGCCCACCCCAGCCCCUUGGCUGGCUCCGUGCCGUGACCAGCUGUCAGCAGCACCAUUGCUGGGGCUGGGAGAAGGAAGGGUACCACUCUCCAAGACCACAUGAAGUAAACCUUUAUUUUGUGGCUGUGCUCAAGCAGGCGGGUGCUGGCGGGGCUGGUAGUGCCCCAGGAGCUGGUGCCUGGCUGGUCAAUGCAGUGCAGGACUCUGAGGAGCCAGUGCCACCCCUUAGCAGCAGCCACCUCCACAGCCCUUUCCAGGAGCAUGACUAUAAACCUUCCUUCCCACCAGGAUGCUGAGUAGCCUGAACCAGGGCGCCUGCUCUACAUCAUGGGGCACAGCGUCUCUUCCUUUUUGAAGCCUCUUAAUUGUUUUCUCCACCCAAGCCACUGCUGGGUUUGUGCAGCCCUUGGUCCCAUUCCUGAUCUCAGAUGUGCUGAGAUGAAAGGUGAGAAACAACAGCUAUAAUCCUGCUUGUGCCUACGCUGUGCUCCCUUCCCUGCACUCCUCCUUCCCCUUUGGCCCUGCAUGCUGCCCUCGGGUACCUGGUGUCCUGCAAGCAGCUCGUCCUGCAGCCCGAUGCCUCUGGAGCCUGUGCAGAGCCUUCAGGAGCUCUGGUGGACUCAUGUCCUUAACUCUGCCCUGGAACUGGCCGGACAGUCACGUCCUUUCCUCUUCAUGCUGGAAGACUCUGCAGACCUGGCCCGGUCCUGUCCCCAGAUGGGAUAGAUGAACUGAACCCUUGGUGGCCCAGGACACAACACAGCAGUGAGGAAAUUACCAGGACUUAGACAAUUGCUGGGAUAAAACACUCCCUGGGAGCUGUUUAGAAGCCCUCCAGGGUAGCCAGCCGGGGAGGGAACCUGGUGUAACCGAAGCAGCGCUCAGACUGUGCAUGAGGGGCUGGAGAAGACAGCGAGGGACGGUGGACGCUGGCUUUGGAAAGCAGCCCUGUAGACCUUCCCCCAUGACAAAGCUGCCGCACACAACAGCCCCCCAGCCCUGCAGCUGCUGCCAUGCGGAGCCCCGCCUGCCCUCCUUCCUUCGCGGGGCAGGAGGAUGCUCCAGGUCACCACCCAGCACCAAGAGCCUUGCAGCCGGCGCUGCCGAAGCCACCCGGCCCCAGGAGCAGCCGCCACUACCUCACAUGCCAGGAGAUGCCACCCUGCCCCGGCCAGGGUGCUGCACCUCCCGUCAGCGGCCCCAUCCCCACUCUGCAGCGGGGCUCCCUGCCUGGCUGCGCCGGUGCCCCGGCAGGUGCCCUGUGUGCAGCACCACGUGGGGACAGGGGCAGCAGCAUGGUGGGCGCCAGGGCCAUCCUUGCACCCAGCGUGGCAGCGUGAGGGUCCUCUCAGGGGCUGCUCUGCCUGCAGAGGGGCUCAGCGGUGAGCUCAGGCCAGGAGAUGCUGCAGUUUAUCCUCUCCACCCCCUCCCCACAUUAGCCCUUUUUCAAAGAAUUCUAACCAGAUUCUAGAGAAAGCCCUGCCUGCUUUCUUUGGCCGAGGGGAUUUCCACGUCACGUGGGAUCUUCAGCGCUACUGACCCAGAGGAUACCUAGAAAGACAGAACAGACUUCGGCAACUUCUGCAUUUGAGGCAGGUCUGCGACAGAGCCACGGGGGCCCGCAGGAGAAGUGAAAUCCUCCUCCCUGCAGGCGUAACUCAAGGGCUCCCAAACCCACCGGCCUGCGGCAUUAGGAAAGGCAAAGCCUGGCUUUCCAUGCAGCCCCUCGCCAGCCCCAGAGCCAACACAGAAGUGCCGGGCAGGGCUGGAAGGCUUGGGAACUCCCCAGGGAGCACGAAGCAGAAAGUGCCGAGGCCACCAGCCCUCUGCGGCUCCAAAGCUGCAAGAUGUCAAAUACUGCCAGAAACUGCAUCGCAUUCCAUGCUGUUCCUAAGGAGCGGAACACGAGUUCUCCAGCAAAAAUCCCCAUUUAUAGCUGGGAAGCGUAGGGGAGAAGGAGCAUGAGAUGCAGCUGAACCUUCUCUUGCUGAUGGUGCUGACUUAGCCCCUUGGCUCCGGGGCAGAGUGGGAGGUUGAAUCAGGCUGAGGGAAGUGGAAGGAAAAGUUGGUGUUCAAAGUUCUAUGGUGUUUUUUGAUGACCUUCCUCCCUUCGCAGCCCUGAAGCCCCCCAGACCCUGCAGGGACCUGCAGAAAGGGGUCAGCCUGGAUGUGUUAACCUGGGGACGGCCUCUCCCCUCUGUGCUGACCCCCCCUUCCUCACCCGGCCACUCAGACCCCCAGACCCUUCCGCAGGUCCUUGCCAGCCUGCACAGCCCCUGCUCAGAAGCUUGUUUCCCCAUUCCCUCUUUUUUUUUUUUUUUUUUUUUCCAGGCUGCAACUGGGCGCAUGGAGCAGCAGGGUCCCACGCAGUUCCCCAGGGCACCACAGUCCCCCCGCAGCCACUGUGAGCUACCAAAGGGGCCACCUCAAGCCCUUCCUCACACCGGCACCCCCGCAGCCCCCCCCACCCUUUGGAGCAGGACAUUCUGCCUGGGACUGUGUCGUCCCUGGGUGCCCAGUGCUGAGGACUGCUCCGGUAAUGCCCAGGCGCCCCCAACCCCAGCUGCAGUAGGGGAUGCAUCUCCUGCUGAGGAAGGCUCACAGAGCCCAGGCGGAGUAUGCUGAGGCUCUUCCCAACCUGGUAGAAAUAACUAAAAUACCUACUCAGCCCCCUGUGGCUGCUACGCUUUGGCUCAGCUCCUGGGGAGAGAUGGAGUCCCUAUGUCUCAAAAGCAUGACUUGACCCAGGAGGAGAUGGCAUGAGGCCACCCAUGCUCUGUAGCUGCCAGAGGACUAAAAGGAAAGUAUUUCUAAACAAGUCCUACAGCCCCUAAGGAUAGUGCUGUCCGUUCCUCCAUGGGUUCAGCCCGGUGACUCAGUGUCCCCCUGGACUGUCAUAAACUCCCCGUGCCCUCCUGCUGAUCCCCCAGAGCAUCUCUCCUUUCUCCCAUAGCCUUGCGGGUGCUCUUUCCCUUCUCAGCCACCUCCCCACCUCUGCUCUGCCCCACGCUGUCUUCUUGCAGACUCUCGUGCCUCUCCAGGAGCCUGUCCCCAAACCUGGGCCAUGGCUGCUGGGACCAGACAGCCUCCCAUCCCACGGAGACAGCCCAGCAGGCAGCCUGCUGGGGACCGUGACACGGAGAGCUGCAGCCACACCAGCAACGCCAGGCUGGGGACAUGGGCCAUAUUGCAGCUCCCAAUGCAGUUUUGUCUUCCCUGUGGCAGGAACAGGGCCACCAAGCACAGGUGGCAUGAUGCUGUCGUACCGGUGGCACGUCCUCAGGCAGGGACACGCAGGCUCCCCUGCAGCCAUGGAGCAAGGGAGCACACAGCCUGCCCUAACCACGCCGGGGGCUGGACCCGGAGCAGCGCAGGAGGAUUUGGGGCAUGGAUGGGCAUGGCCUUGCUGCCAGCCCCUGGCAUGUCUUCCCACAGUCUCGGGCUUCACCCAACAACUCUUCAGCUAUGGGGGAUGCUGCGGGUGGGCGGCCAGGGCAGCACAUAGUGUUGGACAAGCACAGGGACACGCAGCAGCCAGGGUCAGGGAAGAGAGUGCCCUGGAUGGAGAGGAGCUGAGAAGUAAGAACGCUAGUGGGAGGUUUGCUUCUGCGGAGUUGUGCUCACUCAUGUGGCAGAAGAUCUGGCCUGGGAUGCUUUGCUUCCCCUUUCUCAAGUUUUCAAGCCAUUUCUGUGGCAGCCAGACAACUCAUGACUCCAUGGAGACCUUUUGAUGUUUAUUCUUUUACUUUUUUGGAAGAAAAAGUCUGAUGUGCCUUUAACUCACUGGUGAGUGCUGGAAAGCCCCACAGUUUGCUCAAGUUCCCUUUUCAUUUGAAAGGGCUCUGGAUAAUUUGCUUGUUUACAUAAAAAUUAAACAGCAUCCUCUCGAUCCUGCAAGAGGAGGACGGAAGCCUGAGGGACACCCCAGGUGCCGCCUGUGCCAGCAGCGGUGCCAGUGUGAGGAGGAAGGAGCUGGGCAGAGAUGCCCUAUGCCUGGGAACGGGGUCUCAGCAGGUAACCCAGCAUGCCCAGCUUACUGGAAAACAGCCCCCCAGUUACUGUGCUGCUGGGGGGAGCACAGGUUCUGGGCUGCCAUGGCAGGAGAGGGGGAGCUGAGCAUCAAUCACCUGGGUGUCACCGAGCACCUGAAACCUGUCCCCAGGGAGCGGUGGGAGGGUUAGGAAUAAGCUUUUCCCUAUUAUCUUCUGUUCCACCCAGUCACUUUGAGUCUUCUCCAUUUACCAUAUGAAAUAGUUUUUCUUCUAUGAAAACCUCACCUUUCUGAGUGCAAAGCCCCUCCACAUUCUCUUGCGGUGCUCACUCAAGGGUCUCCCCAGCUCCGUUUUGAAGCUCUGGUUGACCCAGGAUACAAUCACAAACCAAAGGUGAUGCUCUCGUUCCUUCUUGGAGUCGGUGCUCACCCUGCAAAUCCAGCUACAACCGUGCCAGGUCCAACAGCUGGAAAGACACUUUACAAAGAAAAAAGCUAGAGUCUCUUCCAAAGCCUGCUUCCCACAGCUGGGCAUGGGGGACCACCAGGUACGGGAGGCUGGCGACACAGGCUGCAUUAUGUGUGGUAAGUCCUGCUCAGCAUCACGAGACGUGAAGGCUGUGACCAGGAGCCCUUCCCCAGGGGCUUAGCUGUGGUGGGUCACAGGGCAAGCUUGCCCACCAGCAUGGGGGUUAGCACAGAAACCCACCGUGGCUGGGCAGGGAACCUCACCAUGACGGCCAAGCAGAGAGUCAGGGGUGGAUGCACCUGGAAGCAACCGCUUAGCUAAGGAAGAGGGGAAAAAAAGUAUGUGAUGCCAAUUUUCUCAAAUACACUGAAAAGCAGACAUGUUUCCCAUCCUUCUCCAGUGAGACCGAUCAAAUGCCUUGAGGCGAAGUAAAGGACAGAUCUGGGGUCUCAGGAGGAGCUGCUGCUCCCGAGGGAGUCCCUGUGCUGGAGCAGCAUCUGUGUCAGGUAGCAACCAGGGGAAAUGAUGCUUGGUGAGGACUUCAGCCUCCUCUUGUCAACCCUGGCCAUCCUUGAGCUCCUAGAAUUAAAGGCAGCAGUGAGGAGCUGCUUCAGCUCAGCUUUUAAAGCAAAGCUGUGAUAACGGAAAAAGAAUUGGACAGGGAAGCAAUUUCAGCCUACUUUUUAGUGAUUUAAUUCUGGAUAGGAUUAGUCCUGAUAACUCCAAGAAGGAGUACAGGCCAAGAAGUAGAACAACUUAUAAAUUUACUUGUUCCUUGGUUUUUGAUUAGGAUAAAACCCAGGGAUCAGAAAAAUAAAUUCAGUUGAAAGAAUGUGAUGAGAAAGAUGCAUUAAGGUCCCUAGAGAAUGUAAUAAAUAUUGUAUUGGUGCUGACCAUGGUCUGCGUUGGCCAGCUGACAUCGCUCGCCUCCUUGGAGGGCUCCUCUCACUUCUUUCUGUUUUUAACAGGCCUUGUAGCUUACCUGGCAGAAUUCAAGGGUGAUUCAGAAAUGAAGCUUCCUCCAUCACCCGAGGUGGUCACUGCAGAGGUACAACCUGGGGAGUCCUGACACCUCUGUGCUUACCCAAGGGGGGCUUCAGCUACAAGGGCAGCCCUUGCAGCGACGCAAACAGGGAUGCAAUCAUUAUAGGAGUGGAGAUGAAGCAAACGCAAAGCAUGGAAAAGCCACAGCUGUGCAUCCAGAGCACCAAAGCAGCCAAGGGGAUGUCCAGCAUUCUGCUAAGCCAGCAUUACGAAGUGGCAGUACGUUAGCUUGGCCAGAGGCUGCCCUAAGUGUGAGCAGGCAACAUUUCAUAGAAAAACCACCACGCCAAGCAGGGACAGGCGUUCCGCAAGGUGCAGUCCAAGUCUCAAACCAGGCAGGAUGGAGACUGCAGGGUCUCUGCCUCACAGGGAUAACCGUGCCCCUCACACAUCACCCUGGAGAGAACUCAGGGUUUAGAGCAGACGUAGCAUGGGUGUCUCGCUGCCAGGUCCAGGCUGCAGGGAGCGGUGAGAGGGGACAAGCCAGGCACCAAGAGUGACCCCAGCACAGGCAAUGUCCUCACCAGCAAGGGGAUGUCCUAUGGGGUCUGAGCAUGGGGCAGAGCCAGGUGCUGGUAACAGGGUCCAUCAACAGUCCCAGCCACAGCAAAGCAAGGAACCAGAUCCCAGACCCUUUUUGGGAGGGUUAGGGGGCAUCCCUUCAGCAGCAGCAGGGGGUGGGGACAGAGACAGGGCUACACCAAAAGGCCCAGUCAGCCAGGAGACAAGACACCUACGCCACAGGUCAGAGCUGCCUAAGAGCCGGGGCCGGAGGCAGGACACUGGGCAGUGCUCUUACAGUGUGCCCAGCGCGGGGACCAGGGGCUCAAGUCGGAGCCUGAAGGGAGCUUUUGCAGAGGGGGGUGAUGAAUCCAUCCACAAGUGAGGCUGGCCAGUGUGAUUAAGGCAAAUUAGUGCCUUCAAGACCUGCCACCGUGCUAUCUGAUGGAUCCUGCGUGACUCCAUAUUUUCCUCAGGUCAAUGAAACCGCUGGCUGAUGACGUGGCGGAGAGGCUUUGCACUGGUGGGGCGCUGGAAACCAAAGCUGUGGGUCAGCAAGGGACCAGGAGGGGCCCACCAUGACCAUGUCUCCUGUGGGUUGCAGGGAAACCUUGAGGCAGAAGCAUGCGCCUUGCACACGAGGGGCAGAAGGCAAGCCUUGCCCCACCUGAGCAUCACAGGCUUGGCAUUACUUACCUCCUGGGCCAAAUUCUGCACCUGAGGCAGCCCACAGACCUCCAGGAGAAGCGUGGGAAGGUGCAUGGCUGGACAUCCUUCCCACAGGGUCUUUCCCUGCCCUGUCAGACAUGGAGAAGCCAGGGAGCAGCAGAGCCAGGGAGCCUGUGCCCCCGCUGGCCGAGGCGCCGGGCAUCCGAGUCGUCCCAUGGGGCUCCGGAUCCGCAGCCCCACACCGGCGCCUGGGCUCACGCUGCCUGUCGGAAAUGAUUCACUGCUGCCGGGGCUGCCUUGUUUACACAGCCUCCCCCUCCAUCCCCUGCCCACUCCCAGUAACAGAGAGGAGAAAAGGAUUAAAAAGAAAAAAAAGAAGUGCUUUUCCUUCCACAGAGCUUCCUACAGCGUGCCAGUGGCGCCUGAGCCGGGGCAUGGCCGGGAUGAUGGCUCCUUGGAUGCAGGAGAGAUGCUCAUCCCUGACCCUCUCGCUCCUUCCAGCUCCCCACUCCAGGCAAGCCCCUGGGCACCCACUCCUGUGCCGUGUUGCCUUUCCCAGCUCUCCUGCCCGCGAUGGAGAGAGGCACGGGAGCUCUGGCCAGGGUGGGACAGCCCUAGCUCAGCCUUUGGCCUCUCACCCCUCACAGAGCCAAUCUGGAGCAUGACGUUUGUUUUCUCUGGGGUGCUGUUUGGUCUUAGCUUUGCCUAAACAAAAGAAAAACCCCAAUGUUUAUUUUCAGUAUUGCAGGAUGGGAAAUGUGACUCCCUGUGAGAAAAUACAUUCCUCGCAAAUUUUGGCAAGACUGAAGCCCUUAAACAGUAACGAGGUGGAGCAAUAGCCCAGCUGCCUCCACUGCGCUGGCUUUGCGAUGAUGCUGGGAUUCCCCGAUCGGGCUUAAUCACAGGCGUUCACCUCCACAGUCCCGCAGGGACCAGGCUCGUCACCCAGCCCUGGCCUGACCCCCCCCAAGGACAAGAGUUUUGGACAUAAGGACUUUAUUAUAAUUUUUAUGUCUAAAAAAAGGACAGAACGCCUCUCAUGCACAUGCUCAUAUAUACUCGUUACACUAAUUAAUCAGAGCUUGUAACAGCCCCUGUGCUCUACAGCAAGCGACAUGUUAAGCCCCUGGAACACCCCCAGGCUCUGCCUUUCUGUGGAGGCACUUGCCCGGUGCCCUCCCGGACUGCCCAUCACACAUCCCGCAGGGAGGGCCAGCAGUGUCCCGCCCUGGGGUUUAGCUGCCACCCCCCCAAGGGGUGCCAGAACCCUGCCUGCCAGCAGCCUGCGGGCAGGAGAGGGGAGCAAGGCGAGCACAAGGAUGGAUCCUGGCUGGAGGAGCAGCUCCCUCUGAUGAGUGUCAGCAUGACCAGGGCAGCUGGAAAAGGUGGGAGCUGUGGAGCUGAAACCACUGUCCUUACAAAUACCGUGGUGGGACUCAAAGGGGUGAGAUCUGCCUGGUGCACGUUCAUCUCCCCAGCAUUGCUCUGAGCCGAGGACUUCACCUGUAGCCAGACGAGACCAGCAUCCACUGCAUUUGCCGUAGUGCUGGGAGAGCAAUCCAGCCCCCGCGGGCAUGCGCAAGUCAUCCAAAACCAGCAAGGAAAUGGCCAAGGCACAGUGUGUUCCAGUGUUCCCAGAAAGGUCUCCGCUCCGCGAUGCUCCAGCAGCAAGGACACAACAUUACAUACAGUCAAACGGCUACACAACUUUACUACAAAAAUAACAUUUCUAGUGUUUCAUAUAAAAAUAAUGCCAUAAUACACUGCCUCAUGAGCUGCCAGGUCACAGACCCCUGCCACGCAGGAGCCGGCGGUGUGUGGGGUGCUGACAGCCCCUGAGCCACCCUCCAGGUAAGUGUUACACAGCUGGGCUGCACAGGAGUGCUGCUGCAUGGGGGGGGGCAGGGGGGCUUCACCCCAGAUUCCUAAUUACAAUUAAUCUGAUUGCAUUCUGUACUUGUUGCAAAGCCUGAGCUGAAUCCCUGGCUCCCCUCUCCCAAGCCAGCAAAAGGCAGAAAUAAGGGAUGGAAUGAUGGCAGAAAACCAGCGCUGCUGCAGUCUGUCCUCUCCGCCUCCAGGGCUGGAUAGACGCCCUGAAGGUGCAAUCUGAUGGAUGUAAUAGGCCGCCUUCCCCCAGCUCUGCUUUACAGCUGGCCCAUCAUUUUUCCUUUGAUUAUCUUGCUUAUUAUGUGGUCUUGCUUUCUUUUUUCCUGCAUGUGUAUUUAUACUUUGGGAUCUGAUCCGCUGCGGUUGGUUAGAGGAGGAUCUGACCCUGGAUACAUAGCGCUAUCUACAAAGCAUCACAAUGUGGAGACCUGUGCACGCUCCAGAGUAAUUUGUCCUAGAGUCAUUGUUUAACCAGGGAUUUCAGGAGCUGACCACAUAGAAAAGGUAAGGCGUACAUACAGCAGUGCCUCCAUGGAUAAAAAUCAAGACCAAUCUGAGUUAAGAAAAAAAGG